AACUAGAUUCGUGUCGGUUUGUUGACACGUAUUCGGUUGCUUUAGAAAGAGUUGUUCGCAGAAUUCGAGAAAUUAAUUUUAGUUGGAUUGUAGUUAUAUUCAUUAUUUCAACGCAACCACUUAAGAAUGACUCCGAAGUUGGAGAUUUCGGAAUGUGUGUUGCAGCGCAUCGCCAAAGUGAGCACACAAUGCAGCGGAGAGCUAUUUGGUAUCAUGUCACGCGGCACCUUAACGGUUCUCGGGUUCAUCCUGGAGGGAGCUGACAAAACUAGUGCCCUCAACUACAGCAAAGUCCAGAAUAACUUCCCGGCUGAGAUCGAUCUUUGUGGAUUGAUAAAAUUUGGUCCGUGCAGUGAUGCAGAGGCGCAUUUGAGCGAAAUACUGCAAGACGUGGACAUUACCGACAAUCCAGUGCUGCUGAACUGUGAUGCCGACGGAGAGGUGAAGGCUUCACUGUUCAAGCAUGGCCAGCUGGAGGCAAUUACUUACGUUGUGGUGAAUGAAACGGAUCUGUUCAGGGAUUAUAUGUUUUUGAGGCUACAGUGUGACUUGGAGCUGGUUUGUGAACAGAAUGAGAAGUCAAUUUCGGAGAACACUUUUAGACUAAGGAAAAAGCUGGCAUCAGGGAAUGUAGCGUUCGGGGUGACCGGAACUUCAGUUGUACUGAAUGGUGGUUCAAGCGGAAGCCAGGUGCUAGGAAUAGAAGCCGAGGAUACGAUGGAGGCGCUAUUCGGAUUGACGGUAAAGAUUAAUGACGACGGAUUUGGAACGAAGGGUACUAAAAAGAAGUCCGUUACGAAUCCAACGUCCGUUGAGUAUCAAAUAUUGAACAUCAAUAUGCUGGUGAAAAAGUCUAAAGACGCACAGGAUGAGAAGUUAUCGAGGGAAGCUUGUAAUGUAACGAUCGACAGCAAAAAUGGGGGUAAUAAAAUAAAAAUUCCUCUUCAAGUCGAUGUUUUAAGUAUGUUGCAUCGUCAGAGUAAAGUCGUUUUGUGCUAUGAUAUCCUGGUGGAAAGUGUAUGUCGGUCACUUCGCUUGUUGGAAAGUAGCUAUAUCGAACAGUUGCAACAUUUGAAACAAGUUUACGUUACGAAAUGCUACCACAUAUUGCCUGCUGACUUGGGUCAUUUUUUCACUUGUGCCUAUCCAGUUGCAAAGAAAAUCGAGGAAGAAAAUGAAUUUCUGACGAAAAAACGAAAGGCAUUACAUUCGCAGUUUGGUUUGCCAGCUAAUCGACCGUAUUUCCGUAGAGCGAAUGGUUUCAGGUUCAACCUUAGUGGAAGUAAGCUUCUAUUCAACCCUCAUGUAGGAGUUAAAAGACAACUGUCCGAUGGCAAACUAUCUUUGGUACAAGGAAGAUACAGCUAUCACCAUUAUAUGCAGGAUAAUUUUAACGAUGACGGAUGGGGCUGUGCUUACCGUUCCUUGCAAACCCUCAUCUCGUGGUUCAUUUAUCAGGGUUACGCAGAUGCCAGAAUUCCAACGCAUAACGACAUUCAAAAGUAUUUGGUACGAGUAGGUGAUAAGCCAUCCAGUUUCGUAGGUUCCCGGCAGUGGAUUGGUUCGACAGAGGUCGCAAUGUGCUUGAAUGAGUUCGUCAAGGUGGAUUCGAGGAUAAUGCAUGUGAGCUCGGGUGCGGAUAUGGCCACGAAGGGGUCCGAAUUGGCGUAUCACUUUGAAACGCAGGGUACACCGAUUAUGAUUGGCGGUGGAGUUCUGGCACACACAAUUUUAGGUGUUGAUUUCGAUCGGAAUACGGGGAAUUUGAAAUUCCUGAUUCUGGACCCUCACUAUACGGGAGCGGAUGAGAUCGUGCCAGUGCAGACGAAGGGAUGGUGUGGGUGGAAGGGCGUCGAGUUUUGGGACAAAAAAGCGUACUAUAAUCUGUGCAUGCCUCAAAGACCGUAUGUGUUUUAAGUUAAGUUAAGUAUGUGUUUAUAGGGUUUCGUCAUCAUUGAGAAUGAAAUAAAUU